CGCCAUAAUUGUAGUCAGAGAGUUGUACUAAAGAUACAGAUCUGUGGUAGUGCACAGCCUAUGUACUUUCUAAGACCUUCGUGACAUGAAAUCAUUUGUACAAAAACCUCUGACUCAUGAAUAGCUCAGCAGAGUUAGAUAACGUUUGCUAUAGCCGUACUUCUCACAAACUAAACAGCUAAUUAUUACUAGCUAAUUAUUUGUGGCUCUUUCUAAACAAGUUUUUAAGAAGACGUGAUACCCUGAUUACCAUAUGGAAGUAAGUGACUAACCUUGUAUUAGUUAUCAAUCCAAAACAUCAUUCAUCAGUUUGUUUAACGUUACCCACACAUUUGCUAGCUAGAGCUAGACUAACUGUUGGUGUCAGAGUGACUUGAAUGUUAUGAAAAUUCGUUUAUAGAAUGUGGCAACAGUCAAAGACAGGCAUGUAUCAAAUCAUCAUGGAAUGCAAAUCCUAUUCUUACACAGGAGUGGCGAGUGAUUGGUGGUGGGGGAGUUAAACCUUUUUCCAAUGCAGUGUCUGUACUAUAAAGAGGGCGUUUAUCUUCAGGAGAAAGGGCGAGUGAAGGAAUUCAUCCCAGUCAUCUCUUCUGUUCCCAACAUGGCUAACGUCAAAGAGAAAGACAAGUCAAAUACUAACUGCAUUUGAGAUGUUACACUUGCAUACAUUUUUCACAACUUAUUGUGGCCCUGAAACGUUGUCCUCCUUAAAGUAGAGGAUGAGACAUAUGUCUCCUGUGCAGCCUACAUAAGGAUGAUGAAGAAUCACGAAGAAGAUGUAUUUGUUGCAGUGCGGGUCCAAGACCCUCGGGUUCAGAAUGAAGGCUCUUGGAACUCGUACGUGGACUUCAAGAUAUUCCUUCACACCAACAGCAAGUCCUUCACGGCUAAGACGUCCUGUGUGCGCCGGCGCUACAGUGAGUUUGUCUGGCUCAAGAAGAGGAUGCAGAAAAACACUGGCUUGGUACCUGUCCCAGACCUGCCCAGCAAGUCCUUCUUCUCCUUCAGUGGUGAGGACUUCCUGGAGAAGAGGAGGAAAGGCCUGCAGUCCUUCCUGGCCAAAGUGUGCAGCAUGACAGUGUGUCUGUCAGACAGCCAGCUCCACCUCUUCCUGCAAACCCAACUGCCGGUUGGUCACAUCCUAGACUGUGUGCAGGGCCACACCCCCUACACUGUGACAGAGGCCAUCCUCACCUAUGCCUCGUCCAAUCAGGGCUGGGUUCAGGAAGAGGACUCGACCCAGGAGCCUAGUCUCACUCCAGUUCCUUAUGAGUCCAUGGAGAGCCCUGCUCCUCAUCUACCUACCCUGCAAUGUCAAGAGCCCCUCAGCCCUGUGAACCUCGCCUCCAGUGAGCCAGAGGGCCUAUGGACUGAGAAGUUCCUAGCUGACACCCAUGACAUAGACACUGUGGAGACCCUUUCCCCAGAGGUCACCCAGGAGGACCGCAAUGUAGUCCAGGCAGAGGCCAUCCUGGAGAUACAAAGCCCAGUGGAGACUAUCUUUAAGUGGGACAGCCAUGAAGAAUCUACUCCAGAGAGGCUCGACCAUGAGGCGAUGAUCCACCACCAAGGUGAUUGUCAACUGCAGACACCUGUGGAAGUGCACUUUGAAAAGGACACAGGCUUGGAGGAGGAGUGUGUAGUGGAGGUGACGACUGAGAGGGUCAUUAAGGAGGAGAGCCAUGCUGAUGACAUAACUACAGAGACAAUCCCUCCCAAACAGAGUAGCCUAGACCCAGAUAGCCACGAGGAACUGAUCCACCAAGGGGAAUGUAAACAGCAGACACCUGAGGAAGAGGCCACAGGCCUGGAGAAGGAGUGUGUAUCAGAAGAGGCCAAUACUGACACGACUACAGAGACAAUCCCUCCCAAACAGCGUAGCCCAGAGCUACACAUCCAUGAGGAAACUCCUCGAGAUGGAGAUAGCCUAAGGGAGACAGUUCUAGAGGACCUUAGCCUUGCGGAGGAAGCUCAAGAAAGCAUCAGUCAUGAGAAGACAACCUCGGAAGGGGACAGCAACAAAGACACACUAACAGCCAUUGAGCUGGACAGCCAAGGGCACAUGGAUGAGAUUAAAUACCACAUAGAGAUCAGCCCAGAGGAAGAGUGUCAUGAGAUCGCAUCAGAAGAGUUGGAACGUGUUGAUGACUCAACCCAAAAGGUAGAAAGUGGAGAUGUUGCAACCCAAGAGGUAGAAAGUGGCGAUGAGACACCCCAGAAGAAGAAUGCUCCCUUGGACAUUCAACAAGUAGAUGAUCAGCUGGUUGGGGCAACAACAUCUGAUGGGAGUAGCCAUAAGGAGAGCGACAACAAGGAUUCUGCCAAUAACGACAAUGCAAUACAAGAGACGAAUGACUACAUGGAGACAGCUCCCGAGAAGGAAAAUCACCAAACAGUUUGCACAGAGGCAGAAAAAGCCUGCAACAACCCAGACACUGUAAUUCCCAAAACUAACAGAGGUCCCUCACAUGAUGAAAUCGCAACUGAGGUACCCAAUGCUCAGGGGACCAAUUGUGUCAAAGUUAGAGAGGACAGGGAUAUUUUGUACAUGGUCAACAGUUACUCAGCGAAAACCCUAGAGAAUGAAUCUUCAGAGCUAGUGGGUGAUGGAGUUGAGCUAAAGGACAUGAGGAUCCAAGAGAGCAGUCAUCUGGAGUUUGAGGGCCACUGUACAGAGCAGGACAUCUCAUUAGCCCAGGAGGGUAAUACUGAGGCCUCAGAAGUGAGCCAGGAAUGGGAGGCCCAUGCGUUCACUGCUGCUACAAACCAGACUGUGAGCCCAGAGAUGGAGCCCUAGAUAUUAGGCUGCCUCAUGCACUCUGAACCUGAACAAUGGAUAGUGGAAUAUCUUCUGCCAAAGACAUAACCAGUCUCUCACUCACCCUGCACGCCUAUUCUCACACCCCAGCUGAGCUCUGCUUCGCUUGCGUUGAUGAACUCUGUAUACCCUGUGAACUUGGGCUUAUAAGGGAAUUAGUCCAUUUUACUCAACCGGCUGUGGUGCCCCAAUGGCAUUAAUGUGACAAUUAUUUUGUCCGUUAGUCCACAUGCCUUAAUGCUGUAUGCUUGACUAUGAGGGGCGAACGUGUCCCAACCUGCCCCAAGUCCCUCUGAUGCAUGUGCCCAUCUGAACACCUGCCUUGAUGAAGCAAAACUUCCUUCAACUGAACAGCAGCAAAACCGAGGCCCUGCAUUGUUGGCACCCACUAUCAGGUCCAGCACUCACCAAUAACACACCUCACCAUAGCAGGACAGAAACACGCCUCUCUCCCCCUGAGUUUCCAGUCUGGGUGUAAAGCUUGAUUCCUCCCUGACCUUUGACAGCCUCGUCAAACAACCGCGUAAAGCGUCAUUCUAUCGCCUUAAGGCUGGACUACCUCGACACACUCUUCAUCGGGAACCCAGGCAGGAGUCUCCAGAAGCUCCAGUACAUCCAGAACGGCGCUGCCAGGAUCCUGAUGAGAGUGCGGAAACGCCAUCACAUCAACCCCAUCGCGCCAUCUCUCUGCACUGGCUCCCCAUCUCAUUACGGAUUGAAUUCAAAACCCUCCUGCGGACAUUCCAGUGUGUUCAUGGCAAUGCCCCUCCUUAUCUAAAAUAACUACUCUCCCUCCAUAACCCCACCUGCACCCUUUAGGACAAGCGACUCCACGCCCCCAGGACCAAGCUCAGCUCCUUGGGGGAUCAGACUUUAAGCUUGACCGCCCCCAGCCUCUGGAAUGCCCUCCCGGACCACCUGAAGGCACUACAGCCUCUGGGCUCCUUUAAAAUGGGCCUAAGGACCUUUCUCUUUAGGAAGACUUUUAAAUCAAAUUUUAUUUGUCACAUGCUUCGUUAACAACAAGUGUAGACUAACAGUGAAAUGCUUACUUACAGGUCCUUUUCCAACAAUGCAAAGUUAGAUAAAGAAAGCUGGGCUUGUCUUUGUCCCUUGUAGCGUCAGCUGUGUUCUUUGUGUCAGUUGCCUGGUCUAGUUGUCCCAAAAAAAAAACAUUUUUAUAUUUGUUUUUAAAUUUAUUUUAUGCACUUUGAGAUUAUUCUGUAUAAUGAAAAGUGCUUUACAAAUGUAAUUUAUUAUUAUUGUGUGAUCAUAACUGUCGCAGUAAAGUCGUGAAUACAUAUUUGGAGUCCAUGAAAAGUUGUCUUGCAAAACUAUCUUGCAAUCAACUUUGACUGCGUUUUAUUAAUAACUUCCAGCAAAAAGUGUCAUCCUGCAUGCAUUCCCUUUGCUGUUGUGGGUGGUUUCUUAGUUCAGCUUGAAUAAACAGGGAUGAGGGUCGUUCCACCUCAAAAAGCACAAUUAAGAGGAUUUCGACACCCACCAUCUCAGAUUGUGUCGUAAUAGUUUCUGUAGAUCGAAACAGAUAAGAUUAGUGUUCCUGAAACAUUAUUUUGUUGAAAUAUAAUUUGAUAUCUGAGAAAUUAAAGGCCCAAUGCAGUCGUUUAUCUCGGUAUAAAAUAUUUUCUGGGUAACAAUUAAGUACCUCACUGUGAUUGUUUUAAAUUAAAAUGGUCAAAAAUAGCUCCUUAGCAAAGAGCCAUUUCUCAAGCAAGAAUUUGGAGUGUGGUCCCAGUGGGGAGGGGAAAACAGAAAACAAGCUGUUAUUGGCAGAGAUGUUUGGAACUCUUUCUUAUUGGUCUAUUAUCUUAAUUACCGCCUGGUGACGUCACCAAGCAGGCCAAAACUCCAUCCCAGGCAGAAAUUUCAGGUAGUCUUUUCAAACAGCUCUUACACUAAAAGGCCAUUAUCAUUUUCCAGUGUUCUUCCAACCUCAUAGUGUAUUAUUCUGACCUCAUAUAUUUGACUGCACUGGGACUCUAAUUGAUUGCACCCAAAUUGGCCAUUUUAAUUUAUUGGAUUUAUAUAAUCGUCAAUAAAUAUAGUACCUAACAUCCAAUUUGGACCAUAAUUCCUCCUAACAAUGAGUAAGACAUGAGGAAUCCCAUAAAAUGAUCAAAAGCCUCCUACGGACCUAGCCUUGCAAAGCCGCCGGAUCCCGCGAGCUUACAUUAAAUGUUGUAUGGAUAUGUAUGUUCACUGUAAGCUCGCGGGAUCAGGAUCCCCCCCCCCACAACAAGUAAUGUUCCAAGCUGCAGCUCCAUACUGCUUGUCAGACUUAACUGAUACUGGUUGUUGGGGUGGAAGAGGUGUGGGGGUUCCACUGGUGGCUUUUGACCACUUUAUUGGAUUCUUCAUGUCUUGCAUAAUGGUAGAAAGGAAGAAGUUUGGUUCAAAUUGGAUGUUGUACUAUAUUUGUUGAAUAUGAUGUAAAUGUUAGGGGCCAAUUUGGGUGCAAUCAAUUAGCUUACUUUGUCAGAUUAAAUGUCAACAAAAUAAUGUUGCAGGAAUGCUAAGCUUAUCUAUUUCUAAUUACACAAACUGUUUCAGAACCAUCUGAGAUGGCUUGCCAUGUUAGCCAAUUGAGCCGAAGGCUGCAUGGACACUAGCUUUACUAAGUUGUCUGUCCUCGGGGUGGAGUUAGUUAUAGUAUAGUAAACGGUAGUCAACACUGGUAUCUUUGUAAAUUGUCAACAUGUUACACCAAUGCAGUCCGAGCUAACAUAUGCUUUUAGUGUCUUCACAGGGAUACUUAUUUUAUUUCAAGACAAGCUGUUUGUAUUUUUCAACACUGAGAAAAGGGACCAUGUAUUUUAUGUUUUGUGUGGGUCGACAACUACAUUAGAUAUAAUUGGUCAUGAUACUUGUAGUGCAUUUGAAAUUAUGACAGGAUCACUGUUCUACUGGGUAUGUGAAACAUGAUGUGGGGUGGACUACAUGAGGAAUCAUAGAGUGCAGAUUUAACUUUAGCCAACCUUCUGUUAGACCACAUUGUCUGGUGACAUUUCUGGUAUCAUGCUUCCCCAGAUUCUUUCAUCUGGCUAUGUUUGUUCUCAUAUUCUGCAUUUUAACAGGUGCAUUAGUUAUUUUAAGUGGUAGAUGGUUCCCGGACACAUGGUUUUAGAUUUUCAAUUUUAUGUAUUUUAGACACCUGGAUUUACAAGGGCAAUAUUAUACCAAUCUAAAAUAGUCAACAACAACCUAGGAAUGCACCUAUUGACAAUGUUUAUUUUUAAUAAAAUUUUAAUUGGAAAUAAAAUGAUAGUUCCCCCCCACCUGAA